AGGGGGGUGGUGGGGGGAGAUUCCACACUAGCAGCCAAUCCAGCUGUCCCGAAGAGGAAGAGGAGGAGCCAGAGCCGCCCGAGACCGCACUGCUCAGUCCCGCGCUUGGCGCUGGAACCCGCUCUGCUUCUUACCCGGCGCGUCAGCCUCUGCAGCCUUCUCCCAGCGCAGAUAUGGCGUCAGGUGCCACCCCCGCGGCCGUGAAGAUUGGAAUAAUUGGUGGAACAGGCCUGGAUGAUCCAGAAAUCUUAGAAGGAAGAACCGAAAAAUAUGUAGAUACUCCAUUUGGCAAGCCUUCUGAUGCCUUAAUCUUGGGGAAGAUAAAGAAUGUAGAUUGCGUCCUCCUUGCAAGGCAUGGGAGGCAGCAUACCAUCAUGCCUUCAAAAGUCAAUUAUCAGGCGAACAUUUGGGCUCUGAAGGAGGAGGGUUGCACACACGUCAUAGUGACCACAGCUUGUGGUUCCUUAAGGGAAGAGAUUCAGCCCGGUGAUAUCGUCAUUAUCGAUCAGUUCAUUGACAGGACCACCACAAGGCCUCAGACAUUCUACGAUGGGAGUCGUUCCUGUUCCAGAGGAGUAUGCCAUAUUCCAAUGGCUGAGCCAUUCUGUCCCAAAACGAGAGAGGUCCUCAUAGAGACUGCUAAGAAGCUAGGACUCCGGUGCCACUCAAAAGGGACCAUGCUCACAAUCGAGGGGCCUCGCUUUAGUUCUCGGUCAGAAAGUAUCAUGUUCCGCACCUGGGGGGCAGAUGUUAUCAACAUGACCACAGUUCCAGAGGUGGUUCUUGCUAAAGAGGCUGGGCUUUGCUAUGCAAGUAUCGCCAUGGCAACAGAUUAUGAUUGCUGGAAGGAGCAUGAGGAAGCGGUUUCGGUGGACCGGGUUUUAAAGACCCUGAAAGAAAAUGCCAAUAAAGCCAAAAGUUUACUCCUCACUACCAUACCUCAGAUAGGGUCCAUGGAAUGGUCAGAAACCCUCCAUAACCUGAAGAAUAUGGCCCAGUUUUCUGUUUUAUUACCAAGACAUUAAAAUAAUGUGGCUGCUCAGAAGACAAGAGAAUUUUCCAAUUGUACUCAUUUGGGGAAUUCUCACUUAAUUUAAAGAAACAUGGAAAAGCUUUCAUGCCCUUCCUUGCCUGCUAAAGAAGAAUAUGUGGUUAGACAAGACAUUGCCAAGGUGAAAGAUACUUUCUGAAAGACAUGGACUGCUUCAGAAAACAGGGAAGGCAAAUGAGCAGUAAGGAUGUGGAAAAAUUCCUGCACUUUAGAAAAAAGACAAGAUACCAUUCGCCCUUCCCUCAUUAAAUUCCUAACAAUAAAGUUUGGGAGGUAACAUCCAGCUUCCUGUAUUGCCAAGGAAUAUGAAGACGAAAUGGGACUCUUAGGCUAUUUAUUGGUGUCACUGUAAAUUGGUACAACUUUCUGGAGGGCAAAUGUAUCAAAAGGCUUAAAAAUUCUUACACCCUUUGUUCAGGUUACUCUACUCCUAGGAAUUUAUCUUUAAAAAAUUAGGGACAUAAAAUGGCAUCAUAAGAUGAGCCUCUUGAAAUCAUAAAAAUGGCAUAAUGGCAUAUGGCAGCAUAAGAUAAAAUGGCAGCAUAAGAUGAGCCUCUUGAAAUCUGCCCUGGAAUUUACAAUAAAUCAAACAACUAUAACUCCACAAAAGGACUCCCUGCACAACAGACAGGCAAGACUAAGAAGCACACUACUGAAAUCAUCUA